AUGGCACCCUCUAUCCUGAACUUCAGAGCUCUCCGUCGCCGUUCGAAAUCCAGCUUCAAAACCGACCGCUCAAAUACCGAUGUUUCCAGCGAUGCCAGUAACGCAACCACUCCGACCCCUACAAGCGGCGCCUCAACACCCCCCUCCAUCGCCCAAAACUCCGACCCUUCUCUCAAUCUCCAAUUGAAGGAUUCCAACCAUCCUCAGGCGCGCCCGCCUCUACAGGCGGUGCCCAAUUCCCACCGACAAAGCGUGUCUGGCAUGACUGGUCUUGGCUCUCCCGUUGUUAAUGGCAAGUCGACAUUGCCCGUCUCGCCGUAUGCGCCGCGAAUUGCCAACAUCACCGAAAACGCUUGGGUUUACCAAAAGGUUCUUCUAGUACAUGGGACGAUCGGCGACCCUUCGCAUCACUCCGUCGACGGCAACCUUUCCGUAACUCGCCUUGACGAUGGCUUUCCGCCAACCUCGUGGCCCGUGGCCGACUCCCACUUCAAGGCCCUAGUUUACCUGCAGCCGGGACCCAACAAAAUUCGCUUCGACUUUUCGAGCCCGAAGCUCCCCAACAGCUCUUCUUCAAACCCAAUCCAUGCUUCACAUCUUACGGUUCACAUGCUGCCAGCCAAUAAUUCACCUCCUUUGCAGCUCGCUAUCGUGGUUGCCAAGGACUCUCCUGAGACCUUUGACGCAGUCCCUGCUCGGAUCGAGCGUGAAGGCAACGGGUUGGAGACGGCAGUACGCAAGUUCCGCAUGGCCGCCUAUCUAUGGCAGGCUUUCACAGCCGAGCAAAUGUGGCGUAACAAACUUGGACGUCGCGUGUUCAGGUUUGAGGAGGAAUGGGUCCCUGGCACUUCGAAUCAGCGGGAUCGCGACAACGGAACCUUGCGCUCCGAGGCCAGAAUACACAUCAUCAGGUCGGAUAAGACGGUUGCCGAAAUUCGAGAUCUCGAGUUGGCGCAGCAAAACGAGGAGGCCAGCAUGAAGGGAGACCUCCACGGAAUCGCUGCCGAAGCAAUCAAUCAAUACUUCAAGCCUCUUGGCGGCCAGAAGCAGUACGUUUCCGUGCUGAUGCUCGAUACACAAUGGGGCACGGAGACCAAGGUCGUAAGAGGGCAUACAGCACUGGGAGGGAAUACUGGCGGCAGUCUGCAGUUGGCUAUAUUUGGAUCGCAUUGUUUGCAGAGCUACCCGACGAGUUUCGAGGAAGUCGUCCCCGCAUUUACGGACUGCACUCCGACAGACCUCGACUGCGUCGCGGACAGUUGCAACCAGGCAGGCAGCUCGUGGGAAACAGCCAACGUUGGAAUUGGUGCUCACUUGCACGAGAUCGGUCAUCUGUUCGGAUGCCCUCACCAGGAGGACGGCGUCAUGCUCCGCGACUACUUAACACUAAACCGCAGCUUUGUGACCCGAGAAGCUUACUGCACCAGGACCAAGUCGAAAGGAGGGUUGGUCCUGCAGGCUGACGAGUGUGGCUGGCACCGAUUGGACUGCUUGCGCUUCCGCACCCAUCCGUGCUUCAGGUUGCCGAACGACCCUCCAAUGAACGCCGAUGACAGCGUGCAUGCAUUUCCAGUGGAGAGUGGAAAUGUGGUUGUGAUGGCGGCGACAGGCAUUGCCUUUAUUGAGCUUCUUGCCGACGAUGAUGACUUUUGCCGACAGUGGAUCGAAUAUCCCAUCGAGAACGGCCCAGUUCAACGUCAACUUACCUUGAACGAUCGCGAGCUGCGAGAGAGGCUCCCGGAGAACAAGCGUAAGGGACGACUCCGGGUUUCGGUCAAAUCACACGGCGGUGGUGCAUUGGACAUUGACAAUUUCAAAAAGCUUUGUUCCAAGGAAUCGUCGUUCAAGCUGACGCCUGGUCCGCUUGGCAAGACAGCCUACCGAGGGAAAGCUCUCGGGAACUCCGCCAUGCAGGGCGCUGUUUCACAAGAGGUUGUCUUUGAUAGUGCCGUCAAGCAGAGCCUGGUGCUGUCGCGGGUAAUCUUAUAUCACGAAAAUGCCGUGAACGGCAUUGAAUUCGUCUAUGACGACGACUCAACACAGUUAUUUGGCAAAAGAGGAGGCAAAGAAGGCGGCGACACGUUUGAGUUUGACAUUCGCCGCGGGGAGUAUAUCUCCGGCUUUUACGUUCGCUCGGGAUCCUGGAUUGAAGCUAUUCAAAUUCUUACCAGCCUGGGUAGGAGGUCGCCAGUGUAUGGCAAUGCCCACGGUGGAUCUGCACAUACUUUAAUCCCCCCGAGAGGAUACACCAUCUGUGGUGUAGCAGGCUCUUGCGGCGCCUGUGUUGACGGGUUUUCGAUCCUUAUUGUCCGAUGA